GGAAGGGUCACUAAAGUAAUUUCAAACAUUGUACCCUCAUUAGACUUUAAGAAAGGUUAGCCGCUCAUUCACCUAGGGUUUUUCGCCAGCUUCAACACAAGGGUUUCAGACCUGCAGCAGUUAUAUUAAGUCAAGAUGUCCAGAGUUUAUGUUGGAAAUCUUGAUCCCCGUGUCACUGAACGUGAACUCGAGGAUGAAUUUCGCGUGUUUGGAGUUAUCAGAAGUGUAUGGGUUGCCAGAAGACCUCCAGGCUAUGCUUUCAUUGAUUUUGAUGAUCGAAGAGAUGCCCAAGAUGCCAUCAGAGAUCUUGAUGGCAAAAAUGGAUGGAGAGUUGAACUCUCACAUAACUCCAGCGGUGGAGGUGGUGGAGGCCGUGGUGGUGGUGGUGGUGGUCGCGGAAGGUCUGGUUCUGAUUUGAAGUGCUAUGAAUGCGGCGAGGCUGGUCAUUUUGCUCGUGAGUGCAGAACGCGGGGUGGUACUGGAAGGCGUAGAAGUCGCAGCCCUCCUAGAUACCGCCGGAGUCCAAGUUAUGGCCGGAGGAGUUAUAGUCCUCGUGCGCGUUCCCCUCGGCGUAGAAGCUUAUCACCCAAAGAUCGCAGCUUCAGCAGGUCGCCUUAUCGUGGACGAGAGGAAGUGCCAUAUGCUAAUGGAGAUGGUCCUAGGGAAAGAGUCGAAAGACGUAGAAGCAGGAGCUAAGCAUGGAUCUUAUUCUAGUAUUUGGACUGAUGGUGCAGUUUUUACAGUAGUGUUAUAUCUGCUUGGACUUAGUUACUGCUAUGUAAGUGGGGCGACACCUUCAGCUUCAACUGAUGCAUUUGAUUGUCUUUACUACUUCAGUAGUAAGUUUGUUACUUCUUCCCUAUACGGGUUCAUCAUAUGCAAACCUCUCUUGAAAUAGCACUUAUCUCACAACAUCCGGAUCUGUUGUUUAUAGAUGAUAUGUUCUAUUAUUGAUUUUUAUGGCACUUUGCUAAAGCUUUAUGAUUU